GAAAUAAAAUGUGUACAACUUUCCAGGACAGACUCUUAAACCAGCUUCAGUUCUUGGCAGGUAGAUAAAGUUGUCUUAGUCCAGUCUUGCCAGAAAAUAUGCAAACCCAGUUCAUCUUUCACAAACAUGAACAAUCCUCUUUAAAACGCUUUUAGAACGAAUUCCUGACCCCCAAACAGAGCCAGCGUUGGCCCGCCUUAUUAUUCACAUACGGGGACAUUACUCUGCAACCACCUUCAGCACGUUUUCGGAAAGGAAGUCACUAGCGUGUCAACUGCGGUGCAGGAUUUCCCUCCGAGCUGCUGAGCUGCUGAGCUGCGGUCCGGGCGCUGCAGGCAGGCUGGGUGGAUGUGUGUGUGUGUGAGUGACUGGACCAGCUCUUCUGCUGCGCCUCCGCCCGGCUCGGCGCACGGUGACGUGGAGAAGCAGCAGGGCGCACCACCAAGCAGAGCUCGCCUGGAAAUGAAAAGAGGCUUGUCGAAUUCUGCCAGUGAUGGCGUCUCAUUCACUCCAUUGGUGGUCCUUGAACUGGUCGAGGACACCAAAGAAGAAGCUGUGACUUGGCUACUUGAGAAGAUACGGGACAAGCAGGAGAAUGGAGGGGCGGAGCUGCUGGUGGGGCGGCUGCGGAAGGACAGCUGGGGCGACGACGGAGGGAACCCCAACGUGUUUGUCGUGGGGGCCUCCAGAGACAGGCUGCUGAGUGGCGCCGAGGACGUCGGCCUGGUGAAGGAAAGCAACGACGGGUCGAUGCGAGGAUUUACGUUUGUUAACAGGAACAAUUUUAAAGAUUUCAAGGGUGACAGUGAUGAGUUCCUCAGUGUGGCGGAGUGUCAGUACAUUAUUAAGCAUGAGCUGGAUACUCUGAGAGCCAAGGAAGAGAACAGUGUCCCAGGCUAUGCGAAAGUGAAGCUGUACCCAGGAAAGUCAAUCUUGCGUAGACUGCUGUCCAAAGGGAUUUUGGUCCAAGUUUUUCCGCUACAUGACAAAGAAGAACUGAAAAAACUUUCUCAUUCAUGGUAUGGGAAGCUUAGGCUUAAAUAUCAACCUCUAGAUGAAAUCCGCCGGUACUUUGGGGAGUCUCUGGCCCUGUAUUUUGGGUUCCUGGAGUAUUUCACGUUCGCCUUAGUGCCUAUGGCCCUCAUCGGAGUCCCUUACUACCUGUUCGCCUGGGAGGACUACGACAAGUACGUGCUCCUGGCCCUGUUCAACCUGGUGUGGUCCACGGUCGUCCUGGAGGUGUGGAAGCGGUGCUGCGCCUCGCUGGCCUACCGCUGGGGCACCCUCUGCCGCAAGAAGGCCUUCGAGGAGCCGCGGCCGGGCUUCCACGGCGUGCUGGGCUACAACCCGGUCACGGGCCGGCAGGAGCCCACCUUCUCCAGCCUGAGGCGGCAGCUGCGCGUCUACCUGGUGUCUGUGCCCUUCGUCCUGCUGUGCCUCUGCGGCUCCCUCUACGUCAUGAUGAUCUACUUCUCCAUGGAGGAGUGGGCUCUGAGGCUGCACGAGGAGGAGCAGUCCGUGUGGAGCAGUGCAGGGCUGUUUGUGCCCAGCAUCAUAUACGCCAUCGUCAUCGAAGUCCUGAACAGGCUGUACCGCUACGCGGCAGAGUUCCUGACUGAGUGGGAAAACCAUAGAUUGGAGUCAUCAUACCAAAACCAUUUGAUCCUGAAGGUUUUAGUGUUCAACUUUUUGAAUUGCUUUGCAUCUCUGUUCUACAUUGCGUUCGUGCUUCAUGACAUGAAGCUCUUGAGACAGAGUCUCGCGACGCUUCUCAUAACAUCCCAAAUACUCAAUCAGAUGGUGGAGGCCUUCCUUCCUUUCUGGCUCCAGAAGAGACGCAACACGAAGGUGCAAAAGCAAGUGAGGAGAGCCCCGGUGGAGCUGCCCUGGACCGAGCAGGUGAAGCUGGAAGUGGACAUGAGCACGUACUUGGGAACGUUUGAUGAUUACUUGGAGCUCUUCCUGCAGUUUGGCUACGUCAGCCUUUUCUCCUGCGUCUUCCCUCUUGCAGCUGUGCUGGCAGUUUUGAAUAAUUUCACAGAAAUGUAUUCGGAUGCUUUGAAAAUGUGUCAAGUCUUCAAAAGACCCUUUUCGGAGCCUGCAGCCAAUAUGGGAGUUUGGCAGCUGGCGUUCGAAACGAUGAGUGUCAUUGCGGUCAUCACCAACUGCGCCCUCAUUGGAAUGUCUCCUCAAGUGAAGUCAUGUUUCCCGGACUCGGAGACACAGCUCAUCCUGAUCGUGGUGGCAGCAGAGCACGUUCUGUUGGCCUUCAAGUUCAUCCUGGCUUUUGUCAUUCCUGAUAUUCCCAAAGAAAUCCAACUUAAACUUGCUAGACUGGAGUUUGAAUCCAUGGAAGCGCUCAAGAAAAAAAAAAUGCAGGACACUAAGAAGUUGGAGAAGCAGGACAACUAGUGAAGAGAAGAGGAAGUGAGGCCACAGAGCUUGAAGGAAUCUCCUCAAAAGAAAGAAUUCUCACUGCAGAAAAAAGUGUAUUGAUCUUUACCUCGUUUCUGUCCAUUGAAUGUUCUUUCUAAACAGCAGAUGGUUUUGCAUUAUUCUUCUAAAUUACCACACAGCCUUACACCAGUCUCGUCUUGCUAGGUGUCCAGCCUGCCGAAUGGAAAUGGCUUUAGUUUGCAGACUGCGAGUGUUUCCUGGAAUGUUAUGUUGUGCAUGCUUCAUUAUGUUCUCAUUGACCCAGGGAGGAGUGCAUGGGGAAGAAGUAACAGAAGAUCUCAUUUCAUUACAAAUUCUUUUCUGUGACCAAGGCUAUAAGGCACGGCCAUUGUAAAAACACUAAUACCGGCACUGUAACAUUAAAAUGGGUUGUGUUUUGUAUA